AUGAGGGUCUUCUCGGUCCCGUGGAUACAUCAUGAAGGCGACACAUUCUACUCGAUCGACAUCAGCCCGGUGACCGGAAAGAUUGCGACCUCGGGCCCUGAUGGAAUCAAGGGUGCCGUCCGUAUCUGGAAUUCAUACGCUAUCGGGCGUGAAGACGAGAAUCCGAGGCCACCAAUGAUGUUGAGCUCACUGGAAUUUGAUAAGCAUGUGAAUUGUGUCCGGUGGUCCCGGGAUGGGCAGCAGCUGGUUUGUGGAGAUGAUGCACAUGUGGUAUCGGUUUGGACGUUCGCGGGCGGUCUGCAGUCCGCGGGGACAAUCGGAAAGCGACAGGCGCUUUUGGAGCGCUAUGAACGGCGGCACGUCAUGAAUUUUCAUAGAAUGGAGGUAUCGGCAGUCGAAUGGUCGACCUGCGAGCGCUAUAUGGCUUCUGCGUCUAUCGACGGGUUGGUGGUGAUCUGGAAUGCGAGGUCUCUCCCCGAUCGUGUUGCCGUGCUCGACCGCAAAGCUGAAGGGCACACCGGAUGUGUGAAAGGUCUUUCCUGGGAUCCGAUCGGCACCUAUCUGUGCACCCACUCGAACGACAAAACGUUAAAAGUUUGGCGAACCGAGACGUGGAAGCUAGAUGUGACUAUCAAAACACAUUUUGAAGAAAACAUUCCUUCCAUGUUUUCCCGUCCCGACUGGACGCCGGAUGGUAGUUUUAUGGUUGUUCCGAAUGGCUGCAACCAGUUGAUGCCCUCAUGCGAGAUCAUCACCCGCGGCGACUGGGACAAGCCGCGCUCCUUUAUCGGCCACCGGAAACCGAUCAACUUGGUCGCGCUGGGCUCGAUGGACCAGACACUGACGCUUUGGGCCAUUCCGUGGACAACUCGACCCCUCGUUAACCUUCAAUCGAUCGCAACGCAAUCAAUCAUCGACCUAGCCUAUUGUCUCUCCGACCUGUACGUCGUCUCCAAAGACGGCCGACUGAUCGUCGUCAAGCUGGGAAGUGCCGAGUUUGGCGACAUGUUCACGCUGGACGAUAUGGCCGAGACUUGCCAGAAAUUGUACAAGAAAGUCCCGCCCCGAUACGCGGAAAUGGCCGCGACACCGAAGAUUGUCCGACAAGAUCAUUUCGAGGCCUCCGCUUUGCGCUCAAGUGCUGUCUCGCAGCUCUCGGCGGAAAGAAUGGACAUUGGCGACGUUUCGAUGAUGUCAGAUGGGAAUACAAUGCCUGGCCGCGACAAACAAAUCAAUACCAAAGACGAAAAAGGACGCCGGCGUGUGCAGCCCGUCUUUAUGGCCUCGCUGAACGCCGCGCCGUUGGGCCCGACGACGUUCGCUAUACCGAGUCCGAGAAAAUUACCAACUUCCCCGGUCAAGCGCAUCGAAAAGAUGGAGGUGGACAACACGAUCGUCUCGAAGAGCGUGGCAAGGCCGGCGUCCCCGGAAAGCGCCCGCCCGCCAAAGCGAAAGCGCAUCAUCUCAGAGACGGACGAGUCUGAGCAGGAAGAGGAGAUCUCGGCGCCCAUCAAGCCGCACUUUGACAAAAGCGCUAUACUCGCCGCCGAUUUCAAGAAGCCCGUCCUCCGCGUGCUCGAAGCCCCAGGCCCGCUACGCGCAGUCGACGGGGCGCUCACGAUUCCGGAUGUGAAAAAGACGCUCACCGAAAAAUUUGCGCCAAACGAGGUGCUGGAGGUGGAAAACGACAGCUUGGUGAGCGCACUGGCUGGGAAGGGCGCUCGAAUCGCGAGGAUCCAGAAUGGCACGACGAAAUGGACACGUUACGCGGUGCAGACGGUCGUUGUCGUCGCUUCUAACAAGCAAUACGUCGUGACGGGCGGCAUCGAUCGGGAUAUUCAAAUCCUUAACGCCGACACCGGACGAUUGCUGAGAAAUGUAACAAUAGACGCCGUCCCGGUUCGCGUCGGCGUGCAAAAACAUUUCGUUUUCGCGCUCACGGCAAGCGGCACAUUCCACUCAUGGAAUGCGCGCGACUUAGUGAGGAUGCUGGACCGUGUGCCAGUGUUGCACCUGAUACGAGGAGAUGACCCCACCAUAUCGUCGGUGACCCUCUCGGAAAGCGGUACGCCAUUGAUAGGCCUCUCCACCGGCCACCUUUAUAGCUACGAUGCGGGCGAUUGGCUGCUGAUCGAUCGCGGGCCCAGCGUGCUGACGCGCUGCUUCGGCGGCAUCCCUGCCGGUGAAUUCCGCGCCGGCGUCAUCGCCAAUCGACUCAAGAAGCGUCUAAACACGGAUUUGGCCCCAGACGUUCCCGCGCACCGACGCGACCUCUGCAAGCAGGCGGCGCUCGAGGAUAUGAUGAACGGCCUGCGGAAUCUGGGGACUGCCAACGACUACAAGGACGUCUGCAAGCUCUACGUUCGACUACUGCUUCAAAAGCGAAGCGAGGGAAAACUACAAGAGCUAAUCGACGAGCUUCGCCGAUUCCCCCGGACCGAUGGCACGCUCUCCGAAGUACAGGAUAUGCUCAAGGGCGACAAGCACUUUGCCUACCUCGCCGAACCAAGCCCCAAACUCCCGCGCACCCUUUUC